AUGACUCCAGUUCUGUGCCAGAUCACACCACGACCCAAUACCACGCCCCAAAACCACGCCCCAGUACCACGACCCAAUACCACGCCCCAAAACCACGCCCCAGUACCACGACCCAAUACCCCUCCCCAGUACCACGCCCCAGUACCACGACCCAGUACCACGCCCCAGUACCACGCCCCAGUACCACGACCCAAAACCACGCCCCAGUACCACGCCCCAAUACCACGCCCCAACACCACGCCCCAGUACCACGACCCAAAACCACGCCCCAGUACCACGCCCCAACACCACGACCCAAUACCACGCCCUAAAACCACGCCCCAGUACCACGCCCCAACACCACGACCCAAUACCAAGCCCCAGUACCACGACCCAAUACCACGCCCCAAAACCAUGCCCCAGUACCACGACCCAAUACCACGCCCCAGUACCACGACCCAAUACCACGCCCCAGUACCACGCCCUAACACCACGACCCAACACCACGACCCAAUACCAAGCCCCAGUACCACGACCCAAUACCACGCCCCAAUACCACGCCCCAGUACCACGCCCCAAUACCACGCCCCAAUACCACGCCCCAGUACCACGCUCCAAUACCACGCCCCAGUACCACGACCCAAUACCACGCCCCAAUACCAAGCCCCAGUACCACGCCCCAAUACCACGCCCCAGUACCAAACCCAAACACCACGCCCCAGUACCACGACCCAAUACCACGCCCCAAAACCAUACCCCAGUACCACACCCCGAAACCACGCCCCAAUACCAAACCCAAACACCACGCCCCGACACCACACCCCAACACCCUGA